UAACAGCUUUUAACCACACCGAAGUGUUAGCCUACCAAGAUUCUCUUGGUGAAUAUCUGGAUUUCUCUGCAUAGUGAGCAUGAGGAUCAACUGUACAAGUUUGAAAAGCUGCAUUUUUUCCUCAGCCAUUCCAGUGAUGAGUUAUAUUUCCUUUGUCUACAUCUACUUCUGUAGACUGGAUUCCAGCUGGGAAGUGUCAGUAAAAUGGUGACAGAGACCAAGGAACAUCACCCUUAUAUCCACUAAAAAGUGCUACCAAAAGAGUUACAGUACGAGAGAGGUUUCAUGAACAUGCCUGGGGAGGCACCAGCGUCCAACACCACUCAGCUUGGAAUUGCACAGACCAUACUAACUACAGUGUAUUCAGUAGCCUUUAUUGGAGGUGUGACUGGAGUCAUUGCAAUGUCAUUUUUUCUAGUUAAAAUGAACACUCUGUCCGUGACCACCACAGCAAUCGUGAACCUGGUCGUGGUGCACAGCCUCCUCCUCCUAACGGUGCCAUUUCGGCUUCAUUACUAUAUUAAUGGGAAGUGGGUUUUUGGACUGCCCUUUUGCAAAGCAGUGAGCGCUACACUUCAUAUCCACAUGUACCUGACUUUUCUGUUCUACGUUGUCACCCUGGUUAUUAGGUGGCUCGUCUUCUUCCAGUGGAAGGACAAGGUGGAGUUCUACAGGAAGCUUCAUGCCGUGGGGGCCAGUGCUGCCGUGUGGACUGUAGUCUCUCUCAUUGUGGUGCCUGUGUUUCGUUUUCAGUAUGGGACCUCUGGAACAUAUAAUAAUACUACAUGUUUUAAUUUCCAAGAAGAACUAAAGCAAGGCAGUGUGAAAGUACUGAAUUACAUCAUGAUCACAAGUGUAUUCUGCAUCACUUGUAUCCUCUUGGCCUUGCAAAUUGUCAUCAUUCUCAAGGUGGUGAAAAGGCUUUCAGGCUCUAUCUGGUCACAUCAAGAAUUCUGGGCUCAGAUAAAAAGCUUGAUUUUCCUAACUGUCAUAAUCAUUUGUUUCCUUCCAUAUCAUCUUUUUAGAAUCUACUACAUUCAGCAUAUGAAUGAAAUUAAUCAAUUAUCGAAUUACAAUGAAAUCACCUUGAGUAUAACAGCUGUCAGCUGUCUUGAUUUAUUGGCAUUUGUGCUGAGUGGAAGCCGUUUCCUUAAGCAGAAGGUUAUGAUGCUCCAAAACAAGUUUACCUGUUGUUAGCUUCACUCUUCCUUCACAACCUGUCUUCCAUACUAUUGAGUGAGAGGAAAGCUCGUGAGCUUUGUCUGUAUUUUUUUAAAUCAAGGCUGUCCAAAAUCUCAACAGCUGCAGGCACACACCAUUCAGGCUGCAUGGACUCCCUUGGACCUCCCCACUUCCAGCCCACUGUGUGGGCUGUACUGAUUUGCAGCCCCUCUCCCCCUGCCCAACCCAGCACCUGGACUCCCUGGAUGCAGAGAUUACAUGGAUUCCCCAGGCUCCUCCUGUCCCCAGGGGCGAGGGCAGGAAGCAGAAGCUGGAGGAAGAGGCAGGGGGAGUCCAGAGACUCUGGCAGCGGCAGAAUGAAGAGUGGAGGGAGAAGCAGCCAGUUAACAAUUCAGCCUGUGGGUUGCAAAUUGCACAGCCCUCUUUUAGGUAAUAAUUAGCAAAAAUGAGGCAGAAAUAUUAUACAUGCUGUCAAUAUUUAUUUUACAGGCCUCAAAACCAAGAGUAUAUACUUGAUUAGGUGAAAGUUUCCCACAACUAAGCACUAGCCUAUCAGAAUAGGUAUCACUGUGUGGUGUGAAAAUGGAAACCCUAGUGCCAAUGCCAUUUCAAAGAGGGGAAAGAGAGAUGAUUUGUACAAAAUAGUGUGUUGAGAGGACACAAAAUAAAAAGAUGGUAAUUUAUGUAAUUUAAUAUGUAGAUUUAUGUGCCUUUCACGUAUAUGUUAAUUCAGUGACAACUGUGGGUGGGUCCAGGAUUGUGGCAAUGGGAAUGCAGGCACAUACCUUUUUGGGGUGGGGUACAUGGGCAGUGAAGAAAGCUCAUUGAGCAGAUCAUGUGGCCAUAGCCCACUGCUGUGAUCCUGGAGCCCAGUGAACUCUCAGCAGCUGCUGAGCUCACCAGUCUGGACUCUUCCCAGAGUCCCUGAUUUAGUGAUGCUUUGGAGCGACUGAGCGUCAGGAUCCAGAGCUGCUUGGUAGCAGGGUUUUUUGAAGAGCCCGCACUCAUCAGUGGUGAGCUCAUAGUGCUUGCAGCACAUGCAGAGCCCUGAGAAGGAGCUGUGCUGAAGUGAUGGUGAGCUCUGAGAGUUUACUGCAUUUGUGGAGCGCAGCUGAAGUGGGGAUGCAUCCAUGCCAUUGCACCACUCUUGGAUCUGCCCCUGGUAACAACCAUCUGUGGUAAAACAUUAGUGGCUUCUUAAACCAUGCUGUUCCCACACUAGAAUGAAACUAUAUACUUCUACUUCAAUUGAGCCAAACUCUUUAGCAGCAAGGAAUGCACGUGUCUCUCAGAUUUCUCCUGAAUUCACUUUUGAAUACAGGGUUGAGAGAAGGAAAGAGCUGAUUUCUGUCUCUGCCAUGCUGUGAAAAUGUUUCCAGCAAUUACAUAUUACUGUGGAUUCUGCUGUUAAAAUCAAAAUCCAGCAUUUAUUUUUCUUGUUUAUAGACUUGUCCAUUUUUUUCUAAGAGCUCACCUGGUUAAUUCUACAGGUCAUUUAAUUUAGAAUAUUCUUCAGACUGCCGUAGUAUUUUCCCACAAUCACUUUAGAUUUUAGUCUCCAAGGUAACAAUUUAUUUUCAUUGAUGCUCUGGUGCAGUUUUGAUGGUAAUAAUCUGGCCUCCCAAAAUGUCCCUGGGAUAAAAUUAAUUCCAUAGAAAUGUGUGCUCUCUGCAAGCUGAAAAGGUAAAAAUAUUGGCUGCUUGGAAAUGAUGGGAAGAAGCUAAUAUGCAUGGUGUGAUUUAGCAGCCUAUUAUACUUCACAGAAAUGGAAGCAUUGUGAACAGUGGGAUUAAAAAAAUAGAAUUAUGCAUUAUGAAGACAUGGAAAAAUGUAGAAAAAUCACUCUGUGGAAGCUACUCAAGCUUUCAUACUUCUAUUUUAUCAUGCACACCUCUACAGAGAACAUUCAUCACUGUUAGCUCUAAAGACUGGAUGGUUAAUGUAUAUUUCCAUUUUUUCUUAUCUUCUGCAUCAAGAUCAACUUUCUCAUUUGGAGCCUGUUGAAUAUUUGAAUGUUUUAACAGAUUUGGUGAAUUAGCUGCAUAAAUCACCUGGUUGAACGCUUUUUCAUGGCUCUGCCAAGUCUUUCUCUCUUACCUCUACAUGAACUCAACUCACUUGUGUCUGCUUCAUGCUCUAUUGCUUAUCUCCAGUUUGUCACAAUAUAUUCCACCACUGCAGAAGAUUUCUGCUCCACACACUACUACUACAAUGCUUAUUGCUUUCUUCCUCACCCAACAGCCAAAAUGGCAGAACUGGCUAGGUCCCAAUCCAAUCUCUAUUGUUUUCUUUCCCUUAUAACCUUCUGACUGAACCUCCUUCUUUAUCUCUUAACAGUUCUGCUCAUACAACACUAGGCUUAGUUGAGAACGUUAGUAAUUUUCAUGUGGGACAGCAAGAGUUUAAACCUUACUAAUGCCACAAUCCUGGGAGAGAAGAUGAAUAACUACCUUUCAUUAGUAUUCCUUCCUAUACCAUCACCUUCUGUGUGCAGAGCAUUACUGACUUGUAUGCAUUCUGUACAGCACAUCAUGUCUCAACAACACUCUCCAUUUAUUUUAUAAUAACAAAUGUCUGUGAACCAAAUCAAUACUUCUCUUCCUUCAAGGUCUUCCUACCUAUAUAAAUAAAUUAAAUAAAAAUUA